AUGUCUUCCCCGUCGCAUCGCCGCCAGCGAAGUUCGCAAUCUGGAACUCCCAGACGAGCCUCUCAACGAAAUGCAAUGCCAAGCAGUCCUCCAGAUCCAGCCGCCGCACAACUUCAAUCCGAGGCAGCAUCUUCGCAGAACCCCCGCAGCACUCCCAGACGUGCUCCCCAGUCUUCAUCGCCCAUGAAUUAUAGAUCUUCUCCUGCUGAAAUCGCAAGGAUGAAUCGGGAACGAGAUGUUAGUUCGCCCUUGAGGCAGAUGUCGAAUACACAGACUACACAAGAGGAUGGGGAUCGUACUCCACGAGCUAGUGGUCUUAAUCGAGAGUCCUCUCCCAUCAGAUAUGAAGCCAGUUCGAGCCCUGGUGGCUUUGGUAGCAGACAGGCUUCGAUGCAACCAGAUCUUCGAAGUGAAAGUAGUGCGCUCUUCGUUCGGUCUUCACGUACUCCCGCGCCUGGAUCUUCGGUGAAUAAUACGAGACGUGGAGAUAUUAACUCGGAAAACAUUAAUACUCCCCGCACGCGCCGAAGAAUUUUCAUGGAUGAGAAUGGUCGAUUGAUAAGAGAUGUGCAAGAGGAGAACUCGGAAGCGCCGACUUUCUCUAAUUUGGAUCCAACCACAUCAGAUGCGCAGGCUAUGGGAGGAAACUCCACCCUCUGUAUCUGGGGAACAAACAUCUCUGUGAAUGAUACUAUUUCGAAUUUCAAGAUGUUUCUGAAGGAGUUUUCGAAGAAGUACCGCAUGUGGGCAGAUGGUAUGACUCAAGAGGAGACUCAAGCCGAAGAGGAUGCUGAGACGAAGGAAUACGUGGAGAUGAUGCAGCAGAUGUUGACACUGGGUGUAACUUGCCUGAACUUGGACUUUCGAAACCUCAAAGCAUAUCCUCCAACGAAGAAACUUUGGCAGCAGGCCCAGGAUUACCCUCAGGAUAUUGUCACUCUUAUGGAUCAAGCGAUCAAAGAUGUCAUGUACUCACUAGCCGAAGACAUGAUGACAAGGGAAAGAAGGUCGCAAAGCAGUACAGCAGGACCAAAUUCUCAAAAUACUGCAGUACCUAGCUCUGAUCCUCCGGUUCCAAGCUCCGACAGAAUGGGGUCUGAAGCUGCGACACCUAGAGCCGAUGACUCUGCGGAAAUCGACUGGUGCCAGGAGGUCCAAAAGAGACAAUACCGAGUUCGUCUUUUUGGUCUGGACUCGACUGUCAACAUGAGAGAACUCAAUCCAUCGGAUGUCGAUAAAAUUGUUGCUAUCAAGGGACUGGUGAUCCGAACAACUCCAAUUCUCCCUGACAUGAAAGAUGCAUUCUUCAAAUGUCAAGUUUGCAAUCAUACUGUCAAGGUCGAUAUUGACAGAGGAAGAAUCGCGGAACCUACGGAAUGUCCAAGACCUAUUUGCAAAUCUCAAAAUUCGAUGCAAAUUGUGCACAACCGCUCAGGAUUUGCAGACAAGCAAGUCAUCAAGCUUCAAGAAACUCCAGAUUCGGUACCUGCUGGUCAGACGCCUCAUUCUGUUUCUAUGUGCGCUUACGAUGAUCUGGUGGACAUGUGUAAAGCUGGUGACCGUGUUGAGGUUACUGGUAUCUUCAGAGCAAGUCCUGUCCGUGUCAAUCCUCGGCAGAGAACUGUCAAGAGCGUUUAUAAGACGUACAUUGAUAUCAUUCAUAUUCAAAAGGUUGACAAGAAACGCAUGGGAAUUGAUGUUUCUACUGUCGAGCAGGAAUUGUCUGAGGAGAUGACCAACACAAUUGAGCAGACUCGAAAAGUCUCGGAAGAGGAAGAGGAGAAGAUUAAGGCUACUGCAGCGCGGCCAGAUAUUUACGAACUCUUGUCAAGAUCCCUGGCACCUAGCAUCUUUGAGAUGGACGAUGUCAAGAAAGGGAUUCUGCUGCAGCUAUUUGGCGGAACCAACAAGUCGUUUGAAAAGGGUGGAAGUCCAAAGUACAGAGGUGACAUCAACAUCUUACUCUGUGGUGAUCCUUCUACUUCCAAAUCUCAGAUCUUACAAUAUGUCCACAAGAUUGCGCCUCGUGGAGUUUACACUAGUGGAAAAGGCUCUUCGGCGGUCGGUUUGACCGCAUAUGUCACUCGGGAUCCCGAAACUCGUCAGCUGGUUCUCGAAUCUGGUGCACUUGUUCUUUCAGAUGGAGGUGUAUGCUGUAUUGAUGAAUUUGAUAAGAUGUCUGAUGCAACAAGAUCCGUCUUGCACGAGGUCAUGGAACAACAGACGGUUUCCAUUGCGAAGGCUGGUAUCAUCACUACACUCAAUGCUAGGACGAGUAUCCUGGCUUCCGCAAAUCCAAUCGGUAGCAAGUAUAACCCAAACUUGCCCGUGCCUCAGAAUAUCGAUCUGCCACCUACCCUAUUGUCUAGAUUCGAUCUGGUAUACCUCAUCUUGGAUCGUAUUGAUGAAACCAAUGAUAGACGCCUUGCUCGACAUUUGCUCAGUAUGUACUUGGAUGACAAACCACAGAGUGCAGCACAAGGCGAAGAAAUCCUCCCCAUCGAAUUCCUCACAUCCUACAUCUCCUACGCCCGCACCAACUGCCAACCCCGCAUCAGCGCCGAAGCCUCUUCAGAACUCGUCUCCGCCUACGUCGAAAUGCGCAAACUCGGCGAAGACGUCCGCGCCGCCGAACGUCGCAUCACAGCCACCACCCGUCAAUUAGAAUCUAUGAUCCGUCUCGCCGAAGCACACGCCAAAAUGCGUCUUUCUGACACCGUCACCCGGUCUGACGUCCAGGAGGCAGUCCGCCUCAUCAAAAGCGCGCUCAAGCAAGCAGCUACGGACGCGAGGACUGGUCUAAUCGACAUGAGUCUGCUUACCGAGGGAACGAGUUCGAGUGAGAGACGCCGUAAAGCGGAUCUUAAGAAUGCGGUUCUGAGUCUUUUGGAUGAUAUGACGAGACAGGGUCAAGCGGCUAGGUACUCGGAGGUCGUGAGGCGCAUGGGUGAGCAGAGUAGUAUUUCUGUUGAGGCGAAUGAGUUUGCGGAGGCGAUUCGGGGGUUGGAACAGGAGGGGAGUGUUAUGGUUGUUGGGGAGGGAGCGAGGAGGAGUAUCAGAAGGGUUACGGGGGUUUAA